ACUUUAUACUGUCAUCAUUCGCCACUAUACAGUGGUAAAAGGCUGUCAUGGACAUGUUAUAGAGGACGAUUAUCAAAUUGAUAAUAAACAAAUUUAGUUAAUUUUAGUUAAAUUAAAUUUAAAAAAAAGAAAAUUAAAAACCAAAAAUGAAUUAAUUUAAAGUGAAUACAGUGUCAAAGAUGCCAUUAAACCAUGCCUACAUCAGAUUCUUCAGCGCAUGUAUAAUUAUUUCGUUUGUAAUUACUUGCCUCAUUGGUUUGUUGCCGUUGUCUUCAGAUGAGUGCCAUUGUGAUUCGGAUACUGUGCGAACGGAUGGAAGGAAUGGAAAGUUCGCAGACUUUUCGGACAAAUUGCAGAAAAGUUCGAAGAAGAAAUUAGCCGUGCUGGUGCCAUUCAGAGACCGUUUUGAAGAGUUGCUUACAUUUGCUCCGCACAUAACGAGCUUCUUGAACAAUCAAGGCAUUCCGCACCAAAUAUUUGUCUUGAAUCAGGUCGACCGAUUCCGAUUCAACCGCGCUUCUCUGAUAAACGUCGGAUUCCUGUACACCAAAGCGCAGUACGAUUACAUUGCAAUGCAUGACGUCGAUUUGUUGCCAAUAAACGAACAACUGCUGUAUGAAUAUCCCGAACAUGGGCCGUUUCAUGUUGCGUCGCCGGAAUUGCAUCCAAAAUACCAUUAUCAGACGUUUGUCGGUGGCAUUUUACUGGUGAAACGAGAACAUUUUCAACAAAUGAAUGGCAUGUCGAACAAAUAUUGGGGAUGGGGACUGGAGGAUGAUGAGUUUUAUGUUCGAAUCAAAGAUGCUGGCUUGCGGGUUACGCGACCGGUGAAUGUUACAACCGGUACCAGCAACACAUUUUUACACAUUCAUGAUCGAGCACAUCGAAAGAGAGACACCACAAAGUGUUUCAAUCAGCGCGAAAUAACUCGUAAACGUGAUCGUCAAACGGGAUUGGACACUAUCAAGUAUGCCAUAAGUGACACAAAAAUGUUAACCAUUGAUGAUGCUAAGGUCAUCGUUUUGAACAUAAAAUUAUCUUGUGAUAAAGCAGUGACACCGUGGUGUGACUGUAGCGGAAGUGGUGAUGUAAAUUAGCAUUUUUGAAGUUGAGCAGACCAACGAAAAUAUGAAAGGGCUAGCCCAACGCACUCCAAGAACAGGCAAAGCAACAGAUUUUAUGAACUGUCGUUUGGCCCCAUAUUUUGUAUGGAACGCCUGUAACGCAGUGGCAUACCAUACCAACAUAGAAAACUGAAUUUAUAUGAGAAUUUUGGACUAACGCUUCGUGGAGGCCCCUUGCUUAAAUUCUGUUCUUUUGCCUGUUCUCGUAGUGCGUUGCAUAGCCGUAGCUUUGUCUGAAAGGAAAAAAAUCCGUUGGCCACCUUUAGCUUUACGAAGUUUAGACCGGAUAUUAUUGAAUUUGUCAUACACAAUCAAGAAAUAAUUUAUU